AUGGCCGACGACAGCGUCCCCCUUCCCUUCCCCAACCUCAAGGUCCCCCAGUGGCACUACCAAAUUGCCAACGUCGAGCGUCUUCGUGAUGAGGCCAGCUCCUCGUUUUGGACAGCCGUUGAGACUGAUGAGAUGGCUCCUUACCUCCGGUCAACGUCAAUGAAGCCUCCAAAGGCAGACCUUCUUGCUGAACUCGAGAAGAAGAACGCCGAGGAACUGGAGUCUAUUGAGACCAAACUCAAGGAUGCGGAGGAGAACUUGGGCGAGAGUGAAAUCUCGGAGUUGUUGAGGUCCAAGGCCAUGUACCUGUGCCGUAUCGGUAACAAGGAGCUAGCUAUCCCUGCUCUGGAGACAGCUCUGGAGAAGACGGCGGGCUUGGGAGCUCGCAUCGACCUUGUUCUUGCCAUGGUCCGCAUUGGACUCUUCAGCUCGGACGUCCAGCUCGUCAUUAACAGUAUCUCUCGGGCUGCCGAGCUGAUUGACUCGGGUGGUGACUGGGACCGCCGCAACCGCCUCAAGGUGUACCGUGCCCUUCACUGCCUCUCCAUUCGCGACUUCAAGCAGGCAGCCGACCUCCUCAUCGACUCGCUCUCGACGUUUACUGCCACCGAACUCAUGGAGUACGAGGAGUUUGUUGGCCUGGCUGUUCUUGCUGCCGCUGUUGGCUGUGACCGCAAGACUCUCAAGGCCAAGAUCCUUUCCAGCUCUGAGGUUAAUGGGUGCAUUGCAUCUAUCCCUCACCUUGCCAACAUGACCGAGUCGCUUUACAAGAGCAGCUACGCCUCGUUUUUCCUCGCAUUGGCAGAGGUGGAGCAGCACUAUCUCAUUCCCAACCCCAUUCUCGCCCCCCACGCCCGCUACUAUGUUCGCGAAAUGCGUAUCAAGGCCUACCAACAGCUUCUUGAGAGUUACCGAAGCCUUACGCUUGAGCGCAUGAGCCGCUCGUUUGGUGUUAGCGAGGCGUUUGUUGACCGCGAUCUCUCGAGGUUCAUCGCCAGCGGCCGCAUUGCUUGCACGAUCGACAAGGUCAGCGGCGUGAUCACGACUGACAAGCUCUCGUCACAAAACAAGACUGUCAUUUACGAGCAGUUCCUCAAGCAGGGAGACCUCUUACUGAGUGUUUAG